ACCAUCCUAAGCUUAUCCUUCAAAUCAAUUCUUAUAUAGCUUAACACCAUGAAAAAAAAAUCACUUCCUUCAAAUUUCCCACUUUCCGUUAAAUCCAAAGUUUCAAUCUUUUCUUCUCUCAUUUCUGAUUAACUCUCCAUCUUCACCAUCACAAUUCAAACUUUUUUGAGCCAUGGCUGCAAAGAAAGCCAUUGAAACAUUCUCAAAAAGCUUGAUUGAAGAUGUGCAUAAAUGGGGUUGUUUCAAGCAAACUGGUGUGAGUUUAAGGUACAUGAUGGAGUUUGGUUCAAAACCGAGUGACAAGAAUUUGCUGAUUUCUGCACAGUUUCUUCAUAAGGAACUUGCUAUUAGGAUUGCUAGAAGAGCCAUUGAACUUGAAAAUCUUCCUUGUGGUUUGUCACACAAACCUGCUAUUUUGAAGGUUAGGGAUUGGUACUGGGAUUCCUUUCGCGAUAUUCGAUCGUUCUCCGAGAUCAAGAAUAUGAAUGAUGAAAAAGAGUUCACUGAAGUGAUAAAGGCCAUAAAAGUGAGACACAACAAUGUGGUGCCUACAAUGGCCUUGGGUGUUCAGCAAUUGAAGAAAGAUUUAAAUCCAAAGAUUUAUAAAGAAGAUAUUGUCGAGAUUCAUCAGUUCCUUGAUCGUUUUUACAUGUCGCGAAUUGGAAUCCGAAUGCUUAUAGGGCAGCAUGUCGAGUUGCACUAUCCGAAUCCUCGUCCUCAUGUUGUAGGUUAUAUAGACACAAGAAUGUCUCCUGUGGAGGUAGCGAGAAAUGCUAGUGAUGAUGCGCGCGCUAUAUGUUGUCGUCAAUAUGGAAGUGCUCCCGAUGUUCAUAUUUACGGCGAUCCUGAUUUUACUUUUCCGUAUGUUCCGGCUCACUUGCAUCUUAUGGUAUUCGAGUUGGUUAAGAACUCGCUGCGUGCUGUCGAAGAGCGUUACAUGAAUUCCGACAAAGUUUCACCUCCCAUAAGAAUAAUAGUUGCUGAUGGAUUAGAGGAUGUUACCAUAAAGAUCUCGGACGAGGGAGGCGGAAUACCGAGAAGCGGUCUGCGAAAGAUUUUUACGUAUCUGUAUAGUACUGCUAGAAAUCCAUUGGAUGAGCAUACAGAUCUUGGAGUAGGUGAUAAUGUGACAAUGGCUGGAUAUGGAUUCGGUCUUCCUAUUAGUCGGCUGUAUGCUCGGUAUUUUGGCGGCGAUCUUCAAAUAAUCUCUAUGGAAGGAUAUGAGUCAUGCAUCUUGAUGUACGAGAUUCAGUCCAAUUUUGGUGAGCCUCAAUUCUAUGGUGAUGGAUCGUAUGCGAGUAUCUAAUUUCUAUUAUGGAGGAUUAGUGAAGUGUUACCUAUGUUGAUGGUAACGAUUUUUGGUGAGCCUCGAUCCUAUUGUGAUGGAUCGAGUGCGAGUAGCUAAUUCCUAUUAUGGAGGAUUAGUGAAGUGUUACCUAUGUUAAUGGUAGCGAUUUUGGUAUGCGCUGGUUCCAAGAGGAAAUCGAUCCUAUGAUGGGGAUCAUGGAGUGAGAUGAACCUGGGUGCUCAUAUUUGGUACCACAUGCAUGUCGAGUCGGUGUUGAGUACAUUACAUAAAUUCUGCAUUUGUAUUGGUUGUUGUUGAUGUGUUGUUGGAUGAGAUGUUGUUGCAUAUAAUGUUAAUGAUAAUUGAGAUGUGGUUUUGUAUGAUGUUGAUGAUAAUUGAGAUGUUGUCGUAUAUGAUGUUGAUUAUGAUUUGGAUGUAAGAAUAUGAUAUAUUAUUGUGCA